CAGAAGGGGAGAGGAAAGAGAGAAAGAUAGUAGACCAAGGCACUGAAAUUUGAAAAGACGGGUCAAAGUGUGAAGAUACAUGCAUCGAAGUGAAAAGAAAGCUUCUAUAAAUUGUGCAGUACACUGCACCUUCACCAAGCCACCACCAUCUCUCCUCCGCCUGCAAUUUGAUAUCUUCAUAUCAAUAUUAGCAUGACAUCGUUUCUCGAUACCAUUGUGAAUUCUACAGGCCGGGAGCAUCAUGGAGACGCUGCAAAUAUUUUUUCAGAUUGCUUUGAUUACUACUUUUCUUUGGAAGCCAAAUCACAGAUUGCUAAUGUCGCAGCGACUGAAGCAAGCGAGAGUUUCGAUAUCAAGAGUUCAGUGUCAGUGCAAGUUGAUAACUCAGGGCCUUCACCGACCGGAAGCUCCAUCACUGCUAAGCCCUGUAAGGAAGAAAAGGAAAGCAAGAAUAGUGAGAAAUUAAGGAGCAAGAGAGGAGUUAAUGGAGGAGCACAGAAGGGAAAAGAGGCUAAAGGAGUGAAAUUUGAGGAGCCCCCUAAAGGAGUUAUUCAUGUGAGAGCGAGGAGAGGGGAAGCAACUGAUAGCCACAGCCUCGCAGAAAGGCUAAGAAGGGAGAGGAUAAGUGAAAAAAUGAAGAUUUUGCAAAGCCUUGUUCCUGGCUGUGACAGGAUAAAAGGAAAACAGCUGAUCUUGGAGGAGAUUAUCAACUACGUGCAAUGUUUACAGAAUCAGAUUGAGAUUCUCUCCAUGAAGCUUGUUUCCAUGAGUUCAUUAACUGGAAUCGACCUUGAUAGCCCCAUGGAUCAAGCAGAGGCAAUUCCAGGCCCAGUGCCAAAUGAUUACCAAAUGAUGGAGCAGUAUUUGGAGCCUUGUCUUUUAGCGCCAGAGCAUGGACCCAACUUGCUGUCGUCUCAGGAUGGUAUCAGCCUGCUGAUGGAAGGGCUAAACCAGACACAAGGAUCUCCAAAUCACGAGGAGUUUAAUUACUUAAUUAAUUAGAAAAUGUUACCUCAAAAGUAGGAGUCGAAUGUUUUUGUUCUUUAAUUUUUCGCAUGUAUCAUCACUCUUCCUGGAGUUCAUAUAUCAACACAUAUAUGAUAAAUAAAU